AUGGAAGACGACUCUGCGGUAGCCAUGGACGACAAACAGUUCGAGGAGGCCCUGCCACCAUCGCUCAGAAGCGGAGGGCUCUCGGCCGUGUCCUCUAGAAGGCCCUCGUACGUGUCUGAGUUUUCCUCUCGCCCAAAGCUCGGCUCUCAACAGAGCUUUGAGCGCACCCCCAUGGACUUUUUGGGCUGGCAGAGCCAGAACGGCUCAGCCCACAACAACAACAACAACAACAACAACAACAACACCGCCAACACCAACGCUUCCACUGCCACCGCCAACAACGUCGGCACCCCUGUGACCUCCCAUGCAGACGCCUUUGCCGAGCCUCUCACGUCCACCUCGUCGUACCCGUUUGUGGCAAAACCGGCCUUCGAUGUCGACCGAUGGCUCGACGAAAAGGGCGAGGGCAACCAGCAGCGUCCCCGCGCAGACUCCAAGACAGGCCUCUUCCCCCAGGGCUGGAACAUUUGGGCUCACGGCGACAAGGACUCGCCCUCCGGCAAGGGCCACGCACACACCAACUCAUCGGACCUGGCACCCAUCGGUACGGGCUCUCCACAGAGCGUGCAUCCCGUGCUUGCCCGAACCAAGUUCCAGCGGUCGCUGUCUGUGUCCCUGUCUCGUGACGACGACGCCGACGUGCUGGCCGAACAGGUACAGCGAAUGAACCUGCAGCAACGCCAGCAGUUUGAUCGGCCCUUUGGCAAGGUCUGGCACGACCAGCAGCAGCAGCAGAACUCUCCGCAGCAACACUCCCCGCAACAGUCCCAAAAGAGUGCGGCGCUGCCACCACACAUGCAGCAGCAGCAGCCCGAGUCGCGACGACAUUCGUAUGCGGCCCCCGGAGUGCAGACCGUCUCUGCCGGAGUGCCUCAUAAUCUAUCGCAGUCCGACGCACAGGACAACUCGGCGCUGCUGACGCACAUCCAACAGGCCGAGACGGGCCGGGACGUGGAGUCGUACUUUGACGACAAGCCCCGCGACAAGGACCUGGCGCAGGAGCUGCUGCAGAAGGAGCUGGAGCAGCGGGAGCGUGACCACGUCAAGGACGCCAUGCCUUCGCGAAAGCUCUAUCUGGUGAGAUUCAAGGGCGGCCGGACCGACGUGUUUUUCGUGCCAGAGGCGUCCAAUCUGGUGGUCAAGACCGGCGAUCUGGUCAUUGUGGACGCAGAUCGCGGCCGCGACCUAGGUAAGGUGACUCGCGACAAUGUCACGUCCGAGGAGGCCACCCAGAUGAAGCUCAAGCAACAGCAGGAGCAGAUGGCCGUGUUGCAGCAGACAACCGAGCCAGACGCAAACUCGCUGCCCGCAAACUCGUCGCUGGUGGUGCCCAAGCAGAUUCUGCGGUUUGCUCAGGCAAACGAGAUCCAGCAACUGCAGUCCAAAAAGAUGGACGAGGACAAGGCGCUCAAGCUGUGUAACCUCAAGGUGUCCGAGCGGGGUCUCAACAUGAAGAUCCUCAAUGCCGAGUACCAGUGGGACCGCCGAAAGCUGACCUUCUUCUACUACUCGGACUCCCGAAUCGACUUCCGAGAUCUGGUGCGCGAGCUGUUCCGGGUGUACAAGACGCGAAUCUGGAUGUGUGCGGUCAACCCCAAUUCCACCACUUCUUUCAGUCCUGGAAUCAGCGAGGUGGCCAUUCACACGGACGACAAGCAGUCUAAGCAGACCCAGCAGACUCAGCACAACCAACACAACCAGCACCAGCAGACCCAGCAGCAGCAUCAGCAGCAUCAGCAGCAGUCGAAAACCCCCGUCCAGCACCAGCAACCACAGGGCCAGUCUCCACAUGUCAGCCACCAGGCCGGGUUCCAGGGCUCUCCUAGUCGUCAGCUGAACGGACAUGCACAUGGUGCUACUCACGGACACCCACAGACCGGCCAGCCUGGCCAUCCACAGCCUGGUCAAGCCCCCUUCUCUUAUCAAGGACCCCCCGGGGGCCCAUGGGACUACCAGUACAUGUACGAGCAACGACCUUCGUAUCUUGUUAACGGAAUGUACACUCAGGGCUAUCCCAACUACAACUAUGGCGGAUUCCAGUAA